AGCCUACAUUCACAACGUUUUACACCAAAUGGCUUGCAUGAUAGGAUUAAUAACUCCUGUCAAAUUUUAAACUUAUACAAAAAAAUACGAAGAACUAGAAAGAUUCUAUCCAUUAUUUUAAAAGUUUUAACCAAAAAUACUAAAAUGAUUAGCGGUUCUAAGAGAACUGUUGUUACCGUUUCAAAUGUAUCUACAGCAGCAAAGAAGGCCAAAAACUUAACACAUGCUAAUAUUGAUAUCGAUAAUAUUAAGAACGACAUACAGAAAAAGCGGGAAGAUACCGCGGAGUCAAUUUUGAACUUUAGUUUUAAUAAGAAGCGCUUAAGAAUAGUUUCACAAGAACAGAUGGUCGCUGAUGAUUGUGAGGGCAUUGUGUAUUGGAUGUCUCGCGAUAGCAGAGUACAAGAUAAUUGGGCAUUUUUGUUCGCGCAAAAGCUGGCGCUUAAAAAUAAAGUACCUCUUCAUGUAUGUUUCUGCUUAAUAGCAAAAUAUUUAGAUGCUUCGGUGAGGCAGUUUGAUUUCCUAUUAAAAGGACUUGAACAAGUAGCAGAAGAAUGCAACAAACUAAACAUAUCAUUUCACUUGCUAGAAGGUAGUGGCGGUGAAGUCUUACCACAAUGGGUUUUAGAUCACAAAAUUGGUGCUGUAGUUUGCGACUUCAACCCAUUAAGAGUACCACUGGGUUGGCUCGAAGAUGCUAAAAGGAAACUGAAAAAAGAUGUACCAUUAAUACAAGUGGAUGCUCAUAAUGUUGUUCCAUGCUGGGUUGCAUCAGAUAAGCAGGAAUAUUCAGCAAGGACUAUAAGGAACAAAAUUACAUCUAAACUUGAGGAGUUUCUCACAGAAUUUCCGCCUGUUAUUAAACACCCUUAUACCAGUAAAUUUAAGCCUGAGCCAAUAGACUGGGAAGAAGCAAUAAAAUCAAGAGAGGCAGAUGAGACUGUGAAGCCAGUAGACUGGGCAACUCCUGGCUAUGAAUACGCACUGCAGGUUUUGAAGAGUUUCAUUGAUAAACGUCUAAAAAUAUAUGCUACAAAGAGGAAUGACCCGACACAAAAUGCCCUUAGUAAUUUGUCACCUUGGUUUCAUUUUGGUCAAAUAUCAGUACAAAGAGUAGCCCUCUGUGUACAAGAAUAUAAAUCAAAACAUACCGAGAGUGUAAAUGCAUUCCUCGAGGAAGCAAUAGUCAGACGUGAACUAGCCGACAAUUUCUGUUUCUACUGCAAACACUAUGAUAGUAUUGAGGGAGCCAGUGCAUGGGCACAGAAGACACUUAAUGAUCACAAAUUGGAUAAAAGAGCGCACAUUUAUAAACUGGAACAACUAUCACAAGCCAUUACUCAUGAUGAUCUGUGGAACGCGGCCCAGAUACAAAUGAUGGAGGAAGGAAAAAUGCAUGGAUUUUUACGAAUGUACUGGUGUAAGAAAAUUUUGGAAUGGUCGGAGACACCUGAACAGGCUCUAGAAUGUGCUAUAUAUUUAAAUGACCAUUACAGUAUUGAUGGCAGGGAUCCCAGUGGUUAUGUAGGGUGCAUGUGGUCGAUAUGCGGUAUCCACGACCAGGGCUGGGCGGAGCGCGCCAUUUUCGGAAAGAUUCGUUACAUGAACUACGAAGGAUGCAAGCGCAAGUUCGAUGUGGCGACCUUCGUGCAGCGAUACGCCCGAAAGACGAAUAAGCAAGUGCAGAAUAACAGUUCAAUUGUAUUAUGAAACAAUAGAGUCAGCGAGGUGUGUCCACACUGUUGUUAGCUGUAAAAGUGGAAAUGUACUUAAGGAUUAGAUUCUCCUUUUUUAUAUUUCUAGCGAGCGAGUCCGAGCCCCUCGGAAACCACUGGACUGAUUUCGAUGAAAAUGUUUGUGUUUUAAAGCUUGUGGUUACUUAGAAACUGGUACGUAUUUUGCCUCACGAACAUGGCGAGCGCUGGAGAUAAAGAACCACAUAUUUUCACAACAGAGAGCAACCAAUAUAACGUCCCAUUUCAAACAUAAUCACAUCAACGUGUGGUCAGCCAUUCCAUUAGCUGCCACUAAAGCAUGAAUAUAUGAAUGAGAAAAUGUGUUGCUUUAGGACCAGAGAAGAAUAUAGGCUACUUUUUCUCCCGGAAAAUCUCAGGAGAGCAAAGCAGCAGGUAAAAGCUAGUUUUAAUACACGUAAUAUAAGAUUCUUCAAGUAAUUAUAAAACGAUAGUAUAUUAAGCUUUUAAGUGUUUUAAAAACAUUAGAUGUUGACGCUUUUGUUAUGUUUUAUACAAUCUUAUGAAUAUUGAUAUCUCUUUCUCGUGUGUGGUGUUAGAAAAGGAUUACUAUCCUGUCUCUUCUGUCAUGAUAAUUGAUUUAAUUUAGAUUGUGUACAACAAUAUCGGCACCGUUGUAAAUAUUUUAACUAAGAUUACUAGAAGUUAUAUUCAGAAAAAAAAAACUUAGCUUUAAAUAAAUCUAUUACAAAAACAGUUUUAUGUUGAGAUUUCAUAUGUCGAUGGCUUUUUCGUUACUUUGUUUUUAAUAGAUUAUUUGAUACUGUUUUAAAGAUCUUUCAAAUCUACCUCUUAUAUUAUAUCAUUAAGUUUAAAUAUAUUUAUUCAUGCUGAAUUUUAUUUAAAAACAUGUUAAGAAUCGGCACUUAGUACAACAAUUGUUUUAAAGUAAAAGUGAAGUUCAGUAAAACCUUCAUAACGAAAUAUAAAAAUAUAUUUACAGUACUUAUAAAAGCAGUAAAUAUCCGUUAAACUUGUCGUAUGCCAGUUAUAAAAAUAUUUAUUUUGUAUGUUUUUAGUAGGUAUUUAAUUUAUAAGUUUAAAUUGUAUUUUACUAACAUUUUAAGGGUAUUUCUGUGUGUUGAUCAAUUUAAAAAUUAUUACUUAUUACCUUCUAACGUAAUCACGUCACAUUGUCAAAUAAUAUACCGUUACGAAUAUCAUCUUAAAACAAAUCACUUUUAUAAAUAA